UAGACGCGCUCAGUGGGGAUAGCUACAUACUGAAACCUCACAGGUUAAUUUGUAUUGGAGAUUGCCGGACACCUAGACGUGUUGAGUGAGGAUAGCUGCAUACUGAAACCUCACAGAUAGAUUGUUUGCCAGACACAUAGACACGCUGACUGGGGACAGCUACAUACUGAAACCUCACGAGUUGAGUGAUGUUGGAUAGUGCCAGACACAUGGACGCUUUGAGUGAGGAAAGGCACACACUGAAACCUCACAGAUUGAUUUGCAUUGGAGAUUGCCGGACAC